CUACUUCGGGGACCGGUUGCUGACCUGGGAGAAGCGAAACUUCCUGUGGCUUUUGGUCAGCACCGGGACCACAUCCAGCCGCCCACUCGUCCGGAACCGAUAGUCAACCUACGACAGUUGACCCACCACCGGUCAUUUCGACGACGGACGCCACCGCCGUUGAUGCUACGCCGCGUAGUGAGUUAGCUGGAGGAUUUUUUUUUUCGAACCGAAGCGGAACGAGUGUGGGAUGAGGAUCUACGACGGAGUUUCCAAGGUCCUCGGUCAUACUGUGGUGGCGCUGGUCAAUAACCGAAUCAGCGUCCGGUUGUACGACACCACGAUAGAGAUCGACUGCAUCGAGCAAGACGGCGAGAAGAUUUGUGCUGAUCCUCCGUUGGACGUGACACUGAAGGAGAAGACUUCCAUCCGAAGAACGCCGAACUGAGCAAACGACAUUGCGAUGCCAUGGACAGCUCAGGACGUUCGUACACGGACUUUAGGAGUUCGAUGGCCGGUGACGUCAACUUUGUGACCGGAUUCGGACGCACGCUGAAAGGCAGCCGCGAUCCAAUCAAGCAAAAGCAGGGCAUCAAGGUGUACGACCAGGAGCGGAGCCGGGCUAAGUUUGCCACAAAAAAUGGGGACAUGCGCCGGUGGAGACUUUGCCAAGGAGAUUCGGGCGGUCCGUUGAUGAAGCUGCAGAUGGUUUGAACGCUGGAGGGUGUGGUACGAGGGGUGAGACACAGUGA